AUGCCACCGUUAGAUAAAAAAAUAAGGAAAUUCAUAUCUAAUGCAGUUCGUAUUGCCCCUAAAGUUUCAUCAAAGGGCGAACUAUCAGAAUUGCGUAAUUGUUUAGCAUCUCCAUAUCCUCAAACAAGAAAAGAUGCUAUAAAAAAAACAAUUCAACAAAUGACUUUAGGUAAGGAUGUUUCAUCUCUUUUCCCGGACGUUUUGACCAAUAUGGCCACUGCCGAUGUUGAACAGAAAAAACUAGUAUAUUUAUACAUAAUGAAUUAUGCUACAACACAUCCUGAGUUAUGUAUUCUAGCCGUGAACACGUUUGUUUCUGAUUGCAACGACCCCAACCCAUUGAUUAGGUGCAUGGCUAUUAGAACCAUGUGCAUGAUUCGUGUUGACAGAAUUAUGGAAUAUGUCGAAACUCCUUUGAGAAAAUGUUUACAAGACGAUAAUCCAUAUGUUAGGAAAACAGCUGUGAUUUGUGUUAGCAAAUUAUUUCAAUUGAACGAAGAAUUGUGUCUAAAUAUGGUACAUGAUGACUUAAUCCCAAUGUUAGAGAAUGAAAGUAAUCCGAUUGUUUUAAGUAACGCAAUGGCCUCAUUAAUGGAAUUAUACCCUACCAUUAAUUAUAAAAGUUUAAUAAAUGAUCACAGCAAUACAAUAAUUACAAAAUUGUUAAAUGCAUUGAAUGAAAGCAGCGAGUGGGGUAGGGUCACUAUAUUGAAUUCAAUUGCCGAGUACAAUUCUGUAGACGAAAUGGAUGCCAAAAAAGUUAUAGAUAGAGUUGUGCCCCAUUUGCAACACGCCAAUCCUGCCGUUGUUUUGGGCAGUGUUAAAGUUGUUUUGAAAAAUGUGGAAUUUUUGUUUACUUCUUCGGCAGCUACUUCUUAUCUUCCCAAAGUUGCAUCUGCACUAGUUAGCAUGAUGAGUACGCCACCUGAAUUGCAAUACGUUGCUUUGAAAAAUAUUAGAAUAAUUGUGGAAAAAUAUCCUACCAUACUAACCAAAGAGUAUCGUAUUUUUUAUCUAAAAUUCAAUGAUCCGUUGUAUGUCAAGUUGGAAAAAUUGGAUAUUUUAAUGCGCAUUGUUGGUAACAGUAAAACCAAUAACUUGAAACAAUAUCAAUCUUUUUUGCAAGAGCUAAGAGAAUAUGUUACUGAAUUUACCCCAGAAUUGGUGAAUAAAAGCGUAAUGUGCAUGUCUGCCUUAGCUAUUAAAUGUCCAUCGUUGAGUCCUGAAAUUGUAGAAAUUUUAACUACUCAAGUAACAUCUUGUCCUGACGACUGCUUAAUUGCACUAUGUGAGAUUGUUAGAAAUACUGUUCAGAAUUUGGAUAGCAUAGUUAAUUAUGCGACAACGGUGUGCGAGGAUCUUAUUAAGGAUGAAAGCAAAUGUAAUUUAGUUUGGCUAAUGGGAGAAUAUCCUAGCAAGUUUCCGAAAUUUAGUCAAGUGAUAGGUAAUUUUGUUGAUUCAUUUACAGAAGAAGGUAAUUGUACGCAAAUGUCUAUAUUAUUAACUGUUGUUAAAAAUCAUAAGCUUCUAGGGGGUUCUAUACUGCAAAAAACUUUAGAUAUGGGCAGUAAAGAAUCCACAGAGAUAGAUAUCAGAGAUAUGGCUAUUAUGUAUUGGAGAUGUUUGUCCAUAGAUGAAUCCUUAAUUAGUAAAUUAAGUACGGUUACCAAUACUGGUGACAUGGGUGACUUGCCCAAAAUAAGUGAUACCAUAGAAAAAUUUCCCGAACCGGUUUUAAAAGUUUUGUUACAACAACUAUCUACAUUAGGUUCAGUUUAUUUUAAACCCAUUAAUGAAAUGGCAACAGUACAACAAAGUAAAUUAUUGAUGGAUAAAAAUUCAAAUAUUAUUAGGGGCAAAGACGUUGGAGAAUUGGCUAAUUUGGCCCAAACUGAGAUAUCUAAGAAUGAAGAUAUUUUAUUGGACUUGAAUGGGAAUGAUGCUGAGAAUGCUAACGAUGUUAAUAACAAUAAUAGUACUACAUUUGAUGAACUAAGUGACUUGUUUGGAGGCGUGGAAAUAAAUAAUAAUAGUAGUAAUAAUAAUAAUAGUACUUUACUAACAUCCAUUUUCACUAAUAAUAAUGCUAAUUCCAUAGGAAAUAAUCAUGCCAGUAGUAAUAAUCAACUAGAUCAAAAACUGAAUAAUAAUAAUAAUAAUAAUAAUAAUAAUAAUAAUCCAAACAGCACUAGGAAUACUCAAGAUUUACUUGAUUUAUUUUAA